CUCCACCUCCCUCCCAGGGCCAAGCUAAGGGAGCAGAUAGUGAAAGCUACCACUCACACCAGACCUGGGCUGGCUGGCGGGCUGGAUCCUGAAUAAUCUACUAAACAGCACUGAUUGCCCAGCGCUGCAAGGGUUAACCACUACACCUGGUCUGGAGUCUGGAUGAUCUACUAAACAGCACUGAAAGGGUUAACCACCACACCUGUUCUGGAAGCUGAAUUAUCUACUAAACAGAUCUGAUUGCCCAGCACUGCAAGGGUUAACCCUCUCCUGCCGGAGUACCAUGCUCCCUCUGAACCUGCUAUAAUACAGGACUGUCCUGUAAUUAUUCCUCCCGUCACUGUGAACAGUCUGCAACACUUACACCAUGUCGUACGGGAAUCUAACCAAUCCGACCUACUCCCCGGAGGCUUCCCCAGAGACUGGAGGGGCAUUCGUCUAUGAUAAUAUGGUUCAUUCAUACCUUGACCUCGUGCAGCGAAACCCUUUCCCUUCCGAUAUAGUGAGUGCUGCAAUUCAUAAUUUCAACCCCUCAACUGCAGUCACACAGAUUUUAAACUAUGAAAUCGGAUAUCUGGUGGCGAUUGCCAUUGGGGUAAUAUUCAUUAUUGUGAUGCCACUGGUUGGAUUGUUCUUCUGCUGCUGCCCCUGUUGUAGGAACUGCGGGGAAAAGAUGUAUCAGAAGCAGACUGAGAAAAGGACCUGCAAAAGGAGAUUCCUCUACUUCUUCCUGUUUAUUAUCACCCUAAUAAUUUUUGCCGGAAACAUCCUUGCGUUUUAUACGAACCAAAAAAUGAGCAACGUAGUGGACAAAAGUUUUACUGUCUAUAAUAACACAGUAGGCAACAUGAGAACGUAUCUGGACUCGGUGCCACAGCAAAUUGACCAAGUUAUUACAGCAAGUAACAUACCAAUAAACACAGCCAACAACUCCAUUACAAAUAUUGGUUCGGUUCUUGGAGGACAAAUUAAGUACAGUAUUGAACAAAAUGCAAAUGGUACACUGAAUUCAGUACAACAAAUGGUGAAUGACCUAACUGCAGUAUCGAAUUCCAUGACUUCUGUGAAUAAUCAUUUUACUGACUUGACAACACAACAGGGAAUUAUAGCCCAAAAUCUAACUGAUGUCAAAGCAAGAAUCCAAUCCACCAAAGACUCCUGUACAGGUUGUUCUGGGUUCCCUCCUCUCGAUGGCCUGGCAAUGGGCUCUAAUUUCCAAAACACGCUUCCAGACUUCACUAGUUCGAAGAAGACUGUCGAUGAUCUCUUGAGCUCCGGAAUCAAUUCUACAUUAGACCAGGCGCGUAAAACGAUAUUAGAUAUUCCUGACACAGUCAAAAAUCAAACCGGCAGUACCGUAACGAAUGUGCAAGCGCAACUAGACAAAAUAAAAAAUGAAGUACAAAAAGCCGGCAAUAUGUCUUUCAUUACGGAUACCGUAAAAACAGUAAAAAGCUUUUUAAACGAAAGUGACACGUAUGUGACAAAAUAUGAGCCUUCCGUCCAGCAAUAUGAUUAUUAUAGAUGGAUUGUCGGAAUCUGCCUCUGUUGCAUUGUGCUCUUAGUGGUUGUGUGCAACUUGUUUGGUCUGUUUUGUGGCCCCUGUGGUCACAGAGAUAAUGUUGACCCAACAGAACGCAGCUGUCUAUCUAACUCUGGUGGAGAUUUCUUCAUGGCAGGUACUGGAUUCAGUUUUAUUUUUGCGUGGCUACUGAUGUUGGUGGUGGUUGUGCUCUUCAUCAUCGGUGGAAAUUCCUAUACUUUGUUCUGCAAACCGUGGGAUAAUAGCCAACUUUUUCAGUUUGCUGACACAGAGUUGAACUUAUCUCAAACUUUCAAAAUCAAUGGCUUAAACAUAUCAUCAUUAUAUAGAAAUUGCCAGAAUAAUACGUCUUUGUGGCAGGCGCUAAACCUGAAUAGUAAAAUCGAUCUGGAUAGUCUCCUAAACAUCAGUCAGUAUACAGAUCAAGUCAACAAGACUCUCGAUGACACCAAAGUCAACAUAAAUAAUCUAACAUUUCUAGAGGACAGUCAGAAGGACCAAGUCACAAAGGUGUCCAAUGCAGGAAUUAAUGACCUCAACUUCACAGAUGUCCAACAACAGAUGAACAAAAACAUCACUGUUGCAAACCUUACUGCAUUUGCAGAACUAUUGGAUAACAUUGCAAGUACUACAACAAACAAUACUAUAAAAGGAGAAUUAACAGCUGAGGCUAAUGAUCUAAGGAGUAUCCAGACAUCAAUAGACACAAAACUACUACCACAGAUUAAAACGCUGAAUGACAGUAUCAACAAUCUGAAAUCGAUAUCCCCAAACCUGGCUGGGAAUUUAAAUCAGACGCUGGCACGGGUCGCAGCCACUCAGAGUUUUGUGAAUGCAAAUGUAUCUACCAUUGUAAAAAAUGAGAUUGGGAAUUUCUUGAACACCAUAUUACAAUAUUUCACCGAUUACAUAAGCUGGUCUAAGGACACGAUCAAGCAGAAAGUAGCUCGAUGUGCUCCUGUCUAUAGUGCUGUGAAUUCUGUGCAGAUUGUUCUCUGUGAUUACUUCGUGGACUCAUUGAAUGGCUUUUGGUUUAGCUUGGGCUGGUGUACUAUAUUCUUGAUUCCAAGCAUCAUCCUGUCCGUGAAACUCUCAAGAUACUACAGACGGAUGAAGUCAUCAGAUACAUUUGACGAUCCCAGUCACAUGGAGAUGACUUCGACUUCACAACAAUUUUUAAUUCCUCGCGUAGUCGCAAAAGCUUGAAACGGAGUGACCAUUUUUUUUGUGAACUAUGUACGCCAAAUGACGAGGCUACAAAAUGGAUUUAAUUACUGUGUGGGAUCAAAAUAGGGAUUUCUUGUUAAUUGUCUUUUUUCUAAUCAGCAUAUUUAUUUUUUUUAAAUGAUUUAUUUAUUUCCAUGGAAUUUCACAGAAUGUUCAUAUUGUUAGAUUGGCAGACUCUGGACAAGGUUAAUGGGAGUAAUAGCCCAGACGACAGGGACAGACUUUGCCUCUCUAUAGGGUGAAGGGAGUAGAAAGUUAGAUUAAAUGUGUAAAUGUACAUACACACAAACUGCUGCUGGAGACCGUAAAAUGCACAUAUUUUAAUAGAAUGCCUGGAAACUGUGUAGAUAUCACGGGUUAUGACAAAAGGUGGAACUACUGAAAGCUGGACAUCAGUAUAACAGAUCCCCAGCAAAAAAUGGACUACAUCCCCUGUGAUUACAGUCAUAAAGAAAUCAGAGAUAAUGCCAAUUGAAAGCCUUUGUCUUAAAAACUAUUUGCUUUACUGUGCAUUAUAUGAUAAACUAAGGGUUCGCAUAUCAGGAGACCUCAGUCAGAUUGGACAUUCCCGGAUCAUCUGACUUUUUU